AUGACCCGUAUGAGGAGAGUCCUCAACGACAAAUCCCCAAAAAAGGAUUCUGACCGGAAGCUUUGGGAUGGCAACACUCGCAAUAAGCGAGGUCGAUCAUUCUCCAGUCAACACCAAGCUGCGAUAUUUUCUGCAUAUAAAUUUCUUUUAAAAGAAUCGGAGAAUAUCAAAAAGUUCCAAGUGCCUUUAAUUCCGUUCUCGAAAGUGAGAGAGAGAACAGCAGCGGCUUUACAAAUAUCCCAUACUACCGUAAGUAAGUACGUGGCUAUUGGUUACAGUGGUGUACCAUAUUGUACACCGGGAAAAGAGCGACCAAGAGAUUCCAAACUUCGCAACGUGUCCAUUGAAGUCAAGGAACAAAUCAGGCAUUUGAUUUAUACAGCCUGUGACGAAAGACGAACCAUUACAAUCUCUCAAUUACACCAACAAAUCAGAAGUCACGGUAUCGCUUUUUACGGUUCACCCGAGAUACUCAGGAAGGUUUUACAUGAUAUAGGCUUUACAUAUACGAAGCGCAACAGUAAUCGGUGGCUUGUAGAACAGCCCUACAUCAUUGCCGCUCGCAUUGAGUUUCUAGCGAAGUACAAAAGAAACUUGGACGCUCUUGAGGCUGCAAGAAACUUGGAUGCUUCUGAGGCAGCAAGAAACUUGGACGCCCCUGAGGCUGCAAGAAACUUGGAUGCUUCUGAGGCUGCAAGAAACUUGGAUGCUUCUGAGGCUGCAAGAAACUUGGACGCCCCUGAGGCUGCAAGAAACUUGGAUGCUUCUGAGGCUGCAAGAAACUUGGAUGCUUCUGAGGCUGCAAGAAACUUGGAUGCCCCUGAGGCUGCAAGAAACGGCAAUGAUAUAGAAAAUGAAGCUAAAAACUUCAUUUUCCAAGACGAAACGUGGCUGUAUGCAAAUGGUACCGGCAAAACCCGAGAGUGGCAAGACUCCAGUACCAGAAGU